AUGAUGAAGACUGGGCAUGUUGAAAAGACGAACGAUCGAGAUUACGAAGUAGAAGAAAGGCGAUACCGGACAAUGGAAUCGGCUGCGAAUAGGCUACAGAAAGAAGCAAAAGGAUAUUUGGAUUCAUUACGAGCAAUGACCGCGUCGCAAAUGCGAAUAGCGGAGACGAUAGAUGCUUUCUAUGGGGACGCAGGAGCAAACGACGGAGUCAGUCGGAGCUACAAACAAGCUGUAGAGGAUCUUGAUGCAGAAACCAUUAAGGCUCUCGACGGUCCAUACAGACAAACAGUCCUUGAACCGAUAUCCCGCUUCUGCGCCUACUUUCCGGAUAUCAACGAAUGUAUAAAGAAACGCAACAACAAACUCCUCGACUACGACGCCACGCGGGCCCGGGUCAAGAAACUCGUCGAAAAGCCCGACAAAGAUCCCACCAAACUGCCUCGCGCAGAGCGAGAAUCCGAUAUGGCGAAACAAGCCUACGAUCAAUUGAACGAGCAACUUUUCAAUGAAUUGCCCCAACUUAUUGACCUACGAGUUCCAUAUUUGGACCCAUCAUUCGAGGCACUUGUGAAGAUUCAGCUACGGUUUUGUGCGGAGGCGUAUUCGAGAAUGGCGCAGGUGCAGCAGUAUUUGGAUGCGGAUACUAGGGAGCAGUAUGCGCAAGGCAUGCUAGAUUCGAGAGUCGAGGAGGUGUUGGGGGAGAUCAGGGAGUUGAGUAUUGCGGGGACUGUGUAG